GUUCUGUCUUCUAGGUAAGCAUGGCAAGCCUCAGAACUAAGCCCGUUGUCCUGGUAACGGGAAGCGGGAGCGGCAUCGGCCGUGCCACGGCGGUCAGGUUUGCUGAGCUCGGGUACAGCUGUGUGGUGGCUGACAUCGACGAGCAGAGCGCCAAGGAGACACUGGGCAUGCUCCAAACUCCGGGCAUCGCCGUCCAUGUGGACGUUACCAUGGCGACAAGUGUGGAAGCCAUGGUAACCGCGGCGGUUCAGCGCUUCGGGCGGAUUGACUGCGCCUUUAACAGUGCCGGGAUCUAUGGAGCUUCGGCACGGAUCGUGGAGUCGCCCGAGGACGCGUUCGACCGCGUCAUGGACGUGAACGUGAAGGGCGUGUGGCUGUGUCUGAAGUACGAGAUCGCCCAGAUGCUGCAGCAGGAGCCCGUCAUGAGUGACCCGGCUAAAUGGGCCGACAAGCCGGACGUGUGCCGCUUCCGCGGGGUACGGGGAAGUAUUGUCAACGCUAGCAGCCUGGCUGGUCUGCACUCCUUCCCUAUCAUCAGUGCUCCCUACUGCGCGUCCAAGUUCGCAGUCCUGGGUCUCACUCAAACCGCAGCCAUGGAAUACGCCAAGGAAGGGAUACGCGUGAACGCCGUCUGCCCUUCUAUCGCCGCCACACCUAUGACGUACCGCAACAUGGAAAUGGCGCCGCCUGGUAGUGCGGAGAGGAUGGCUUCGAUGCACCCUGCUGGCCGCAUAGCAGCGCCGGAGGAGGUUGCUGAAGCCGUUUGCUGGCUUUGCAGCGACGCCUGUCCGUUCACUACGGGAGAGCACCUAAAAAUAGCGGGGGGCAAUUAAAGUACUGUAAAUGCAAUUAAGUUCGCGGGGAUUUGAUUUCGCGGCAGCGAAAAAAUGGAGUGUACGCGGUUGUUUUGAAUUCGCGGUAGCGCCAUCCCGCGGACAUAUUUACAGUACUGUACUGUGGUCAGACACUGUAUUAUGAAAGUUCGCGGUGGUUUUAAGUUCGCGGUUCAGCGGCCACCCCAAAAAACCGCGAAUAUCAAAUCAUCGCGAAAGUUUCUGCAUUUACAGUAUAGUAAGCAGCAAUGUGCUCCCAAUUUCAAUUGAGGUAUCAGUUAUUCAUUAACUUCAUUUCGUGUUAGGGUUGUACCCGACAUUAUAUACUUUUGAAGUCCUUAACUAUUUUUUGGCCGAAUGUGUUGUGUAGGAUAAAACCCUUUAUUUCAGUAAAUCAAGAGUUCAAGUCGGAUUAAGCCAUACUAGUCCGAUUAUAUUGAUGUCAUUCUCUGGAAACCAUAUUAUAGUUCUAUAAAGAACUGUUAUAUAGUGUUCAUGUUAUCAUAGCCCCCUAAAACACUGCAGUCCAGUGUUAUUGUUAUCAUAGUUCCAUACAGGACUGUUACCAAAUGUUAAUGUUAAUU